AUGAUCAUUUCAAACAAUAUCAACAGUAACAUUAACAAUAACAAUAACAAUAACUUCACUUAUAGCAAUAACAAUAUUAAUUAUAAUAAUAAUAAUAAUAACAAUAAUAACAAUAAUUACUAUAACAAUAGUUUUUUUAAUUUAAAUCAUCCAUUUAUUAGUUAUUUGGAGAGUCAAGAUAUGGAGAUCGAAUAUCUUUCUCAGCAGAUAUUGCUACUAAACCAACAAACACUACAAAUGCGACCAACGAACCAACAACAACAAUAUCAACAUCAACAGCAGCAACAACUCAAAUUACAUAUCAAAUUCAAACAAGGUGGUGAAAAGAUACAAAAGACAAAUGAAACUGACAUUGUAGAGAUCGAUGAUGCAUUGACGAUCUUUUGCAAUAGUAGAUUCAACUACGAGACAUGUCUAUGA